CUGGCUCUGGGCUGAGCGGUGCGAGGCCAGCUGGCUGCUCCUCUGACUGGUGCACCGCUGCGCGGCAGCCUGGGACUGCAGGGUGUUUUGGGGGAGUUGGGAUUCAAUGGCCACCCUGACUAGCGAGAAGCAAGGACUGCUCAUAUGGACAGCUCGAUUUUAUCUUGUGCAGACUCGGCUUUGUAGUGGGAUGUUGAAAUAUGACACAAUGCCUGUUUGUUUGCAAUAGCUGCAACCCUCGUAGCAGAGAUUCAAGUGGGAAACAGAGGGGGAGUCCAGAGAGAAACCAGCGAGGGAUUUAGGAACUCUGACGCCGUGUCCUUUCUCCUGUGCCGGAGCAAGCAAAAGGAAAGAGAGGUAGAGGAAAAAAAGACUUGCACCAGCCAUCAUCCUGACGAUGUGUCAGUCAAACACCCUGCAGGGACCAGAUCUGCACACAGGGAAAUGGUGAGAUGCUAUAAAGCUUUAUCUAACCCUCCACCCUCUUGCUACAACCUCCGCAAAGUUAAAAUCCAUGUCCGGAGGCUGCGUUCAGGGAACGGCGGCAGCAGCAGCUGUGCCGGGGACCAGCACCCACACCUGGAGAGCACGGGCCCGGCAGGCUCUGCCGGGGGCACAGCAAGUAGGAGAUCUCGUUUCAGGUUGCAAUUUCCCCAGCUGGCCCUGAGGCGAAGGUUGGGCCAGCUAAGCUGUAUGUCUAGGCCUGCUCUGAAACUCCGUUCUUGGCCUCUGACUAUUCUCUAUUAUCUUCUGCCUUUCGGUGCUCUUAAGCCCUUGACCAGAGUGGGAUGGAGGUCUAUGAGCAGGGUCGCUCUGUACAAGUCAGUACCGACUCGGCUGCUGUCGCGAGCAUGGGGUCGCCUGAACCAGGUGGAGCUGCCCACGUGGCUCAGGAAGCCUGUUUACAGCCUGUACAUCUGGACAUUUGGGGUGAACAUGAAGGAAGCAGCUGUGGAAGACCUGCAUCACUACAGGAACCUCAGCGAAUUCUUCCGCAGGAAGCUGAAGCCACAGGCACGGCCUGUGUGCUGCGUGCACAGCGUGAUUAGUCCCUCUGAUGGAAAGAUCCUUAACUUUGGACAGGUGAAAAACUGUGAGGUGGAGCAAGUAAAAGGAGUUACUUAUUCUCUGGAAUCUUUCUUGGGCCCUCAUGUCUCCACUGAGGAAUUGCAUUUCAGUCGGGUCCCACCUGGUAACUCUUUCCAGCAACAGCUAGUCACCAAGGAGGGGAAUGAGCUCUACCACUGUGUGAUCUACCUUGCACCAGGGGAUUAUCACUGCUUCCACUCCCCCACGGACUGGAGAGUGUCACACCGGCGGCAUUUCCCAGGCUCUCUGAUGUCUGUCAAUCCUGGAGUUGCUCGCUGGAUUAAGGAACUGUUCUGCCACAAUGAACGGGUUGUCCUUACAGGAGACUGGAAACAUGGAUUUUUCUCCUUAACAGCUGUAGGAGCUACAAACGUGGGCUCCAUCCGCAUCUACUUUGACCAGGACUUGCACACAAACAGUCCAAGUUAUUCCAAAGGUUCCUACAAUGACUUCAGCUUCGUAUCCAACAACAACAAGGAGGGAAUCCCCAUGAGGAAAGGGGAACAUUUAGGAGAAUUUAACUUAGGCUCUACGAUUGUACUAAUCUUUGAGGCACCCAAGGACUUCAAAUUCAACCUCAAAGCUGGACAGAAAAUCCGCUUUGGAGAAGCACUGGGCUCUCUAUAGAAGCUGUCUUAACAGGAAGAUUUUCUAUAUAAAGUGACUCUUACCACACCACUGAGUGUUUCACUUACCAAGUACCUAUCACUCAGCAGGACCUGGGUGAGCAGAAAAGAUGUCAUUGCUGUAUUACACUUGAGAGUAUUUGGUCUGCAUUUACCUGCUGCUGAAUGUAGAAACUGAAUUGACUGACCAUGGAUGUAUCCGGUACAGCUGCCUUUAAAGAUGUUGCCCAUGGAGGUUUCUGUCCCACCCUGUGCCUGUAGUCUUUUAUGCUCUCCCUUCAAUGUGCCACAGGAUAAUUAUGUUCUUAGAGCCUCUAAGUCUCUUGUAAGCCUUCCUAUGCUGUGCAGGUGCAGUGGGGAAGGGUGGAGGUGGAGGUUGCCUGUAUUUAAAGGGAUAGUGACAGGCUGUACCUUUCUGUUUUUCAGACCUUGAGUAAAGAAUGUGUUCUCAUAUUUAUUUUGUUCUAAGGAACUCAUCUGAAAUUCUUACAUAAAGGCAGCACAGACAGCCAAACAGUGAAAUUGGCUGGGGUGGCUUCACAGCCCAAACAAAAUGUGCAACA